GUGCCCUCGUUGCGUUUCCUCCUUUGCUCUCCAACUGAAUCUUGGCGAGGCUGUUGCAGGAACGAUUUUUAUUUAUUUAUUUAUUUGAGGCUACGUGUAUAAAACUGCAUUUGAUCCAAUUCAAACUCCUUUUUUUUUCAAGUCUCACGCGAAGGAAUACAUCUGACGUUUAAACUUCUGCAGUCGUUGCACGUUCUAUGACAGGGCAGUAUCUAGAAACCUGAGGAGGUUGUGUUCUCUGCUUUGGAAAGCAGCGCUGUGCUCAGGAAAGCAAAUAGUUUUCAAAUGAUGAAUAACUUCUCAUCACAUGAUUGCUAGUUUGUUUUUAAAUGUCGUGGAACUCCAGGGUAACUCUGAAUGCUUGGUCUUUUCAUUCCUAAAGUGAAAGAAAACGCUAGGAAUCAGAUUUUGUUGCCCAGCUUGUCUCUAAAUGUCACUGUUUUAUUAUACAGCAGAUACUGUAAUGUUGGGCUCGACCUGCAGUGAGUCUGCAAGACUAGCUGCCUUUCUUUAAGCAGAUGGUUUUUUGGACUGGUCCGGUAUACUUUGAUUGCUGGAGAACUGAAGCAAUCCUAUUAAGGGAGCACUGCUGCAGCAACGUGCUUCAGCAUUUCUAGGAGUUCUUUAGAGAGUGACAGAAGGCAGAGCGGUCUUUUCCAUGGAGCUUUCUGUCCUUACAAACAUUCCAAAAACAUUAUUUUGUGCUGUGUUCCUUAUGUGAGAAUUUAUCCUGAUGUGAACAUUACAUUUGUAUAAGUUACCCAAGAGUUAAGUUAAUGUUUGUUAAUACUUCAGGAAAUUAAACAAGCUCAGGAUGUUAACAUGUAAAACAAAUUGUCAUAUCACAGAGGCUAAAGCUUAGGAGUGGUCAUUCAUUGUAUGUGUUCUUAAAUCCAUUUUAUCAAGAGAUCUGCAUGGUUUUGUAAUGCAUCUUUUCUUCUCGAGGCAUCCAGCAUCUGUUUGUGGGAUCAGUUUCUAGAUGUAAUUAGAUCACCUUGGGUUGCAAGGUUUGCAAUAUUUAGCAAGUUGCUUUCUUGCCAAAUACUGCUAAGAGAUGAAGUUCCAUCGAGUGUCUUAGGAAGAACACCUAUAAAGAUGCCCUCACCCUUGUUGUGGCCACUUAGACAAAACAUAGGUUGGAGACAAAAGUGGAUGUGGCUUUCAUUAUAUCUGAGUUUAUACUACUUGUAAUAUUAUGCAGAUUGGACGCAAUAGCCAACCAAAACUAUAAAUAAUAUUGAGUUUUACCUUGAUGCCAGUAAUAUGGUUUUAGAAGUGAUUUUUGAAGUGUUGUCAAAAAAAAAAAAAAAAAAAAAAAAAAAGGAUGGGAAGAACUUCAAGUUUUCUUUUUUUUCCUAUCUUGAGACAUUAAUUAGAGAAUUUACAGAGGAAGGUAGUUUGGGAGGGAGAAGAAGUAGCAGUGUCACUGGAGUAAGAGCUGGGGGAAUAUAAAUACGUUCUUUAGAGCUACCAACAGCCUGACUUUGUGAAGGAAAGCCAACUACAGCAGUCUUCAGACACAUUAAUAUAAAAACUGGAUGAGGGAAGUUGGUAACAGAAUGGGAGGCUUAUUUCUUUCAGUCAUAUGCAGAUUAUUUUAAACAAAUCCUUUGUCAUCUUUUUCAGUGAGAGUAAUGAUAUCAACCAUGAAAAUAAAGAUGGGAUGGGGAGGCAAAGGCAGAAGUUCCAUUGGCUUGAUUUAAAAAAUUCAGAUAGCUCGUUUCAGAACUUAGGAAGAAUUCAUCCAUGAAACUGGAGCCCUAAGAACAAGGCUUCUAAAUGUGUUCUACCUCUGACUAAACAGAUUUGUUACUGAAAUACAUAGAACGUGUCCAAAAAGAACUGGAGGCAGGGAGAUGCACAGCCACAGCCUAAUGAGCUUCAUCAGUAGCAUGCAAGGCUCUAGAGAAUUUGUGAAGGAAAGAAUUUAAUUAACAAUAUGAAAAUAAGUAGAGUGAGGCCUAUGUGGAUUCGCUAAAGAUAGCUCAUGCCUGACUGACCUGCAUCUUUUAUAAGAAUUAAUGAUUGAUUUAAUUUAUCUGUAAAAGAAAUGUAGUAGCUCUAACCUGCCUUGAAUUUGAUCAUGUAUCUCGCAGUAAAACAAAAUCUUUGUUGAAGUUGGAGAUGCUGGAGAAUUAGUACAAGAGCUAGAACUCGGGUAAGGACCAGUAUGGAGAAGAUAAAGCAACAACAGAUUUGGAACUACUAGAGGAGGAUAGAAGAGGAACUACUGAUCUGAGAGGUUGAAUUCUCCUACCCUCCCCUGAUGCCUGGAGAAGGACAUGACAGCCACAGUUUACCAGAAGAAUGGAAAUAUUUGCCAUUUCUUGCCUUACCAGAUGGUGCUCACAACUACCAGGAAGAUACUGUGUUUUUCCAUUUGCCACCAAGAUGUGGGGACCGAACCACAGUAUAUGGGGUCUCUUGCUAUAGGCAGAUUGAAGCAAAGGCAUUGAAAGUGCGACAAGCAGACAUCACCCGAGAAACAGUGCAGAAAAGUGUCUGUGUUCUCAGUCAGCUGCCUUUGUAUGGGUUACUUCAGGCAAAGCUGCAGCUCAUUACUCAUGCAUAUUUUGAAGAAAAAGACUUCUCGCAAAUUUCAAUUCUAAAGGAACUUUAUGAUCAUAUGAAUAGCUCCUUAGGAGGGACUUUGUUAGAAGGGUCACAAGUUUAUCUUGGUCUAUCUCCUCGGGAUCUUGUUCUUCACUUUAGACACAAGGUCUUGAUCCUUUUUAAAUUGAUUCUUCUAGAGAAGAAGGUGCUGUUUUACAUUUCUCCAGUAAAUAGAUUGGUGGGAGCUCUGAUGACUGUCCUGUCAUUAUUUCCUGGUAUGAUUGAGCACGGUCUUACUGACAGCUCACACUAUAGACCCAGAAAAAGCAUAUCAGAGGAUGCUGGCUUGCAAGAAACUACACCGUGGUUAGAUAACUCAACUUCUGUGUCUGCUGGUGAUAUUUCAAACACAAACUUGGGAACAGAGAAGGGAGGCAGGAAGAUGGCAGGAAACCAUUCAAUGGAAGGUCAAAAAGCGAACAUGCGUUUCUCCCAGUCAGAUAAGACUUAUAAUGGAGCUCAGUCCUCCAAUGGUACUGUGCAACAUUUGGAAGUUCCUUCCCGCACAUCUCCAGAAUCCUCUGAAAGUGACUGGGAGACCUUAGAUCCUAGCAUUUUAGAGGAAUCUGGUAUGAAAGGAGAAUGUGAAAAAGCAACAUCAGAACAGGUGGAAAAUCGUCCAAGUGAAUGCCCGAGCUCUGAAAGUCUUCCAAUCACUGUGCAGCCCCAGGCAAACACAGGACACAUGGUGCUUGUUCCAGGACUCAUAUCUGGGUUGGAAGAGGACCAGUAUGGUAUGCCGUUGGCUAUUUUUACAAAGGGAUACCUCUGCUUGCCAUACAUGGCACUGCAGCAACAUCACCUUCUGUCGGAUGUGACAGUCCGCGGCUUUGUUGCGGGAGCCACCAAUAUCCUGUUCCGCCAGCAGAAACAUCUGAGCGAUGCAAUUGUGGAAAUAGAAGAUGCUCAUGUACAAAUCCACGAUCCAGAACUUCGUAAGAUCCUGAACCCUACAACAGCUGACCUAAGAUUUGCAGAUUACUUGGUGAAGCACGUAACUGAGAACAGAGAUGAUGUUUUCCUUGAUGGCACUGGAUGGGAAGGAGGAGAUGAGUGGAUCAGGGCUCAGUUCAGUGCUUAUCUUCAUGCACUGCUUGCUUCUGUGCUGCAACCAGACAAUGACAAGACUUUGUCAGACUUUGGAACAGCCUUUGUAGCAGCCUGGAAAAAUACUCACAACUACAGAGUAUGGAAUAGCAACAAGCAUCCAGCUCUUGCAGAAGUACAUUCCAGCCAUCCAUUUCAGGGACAAUACUCUGUGUCAGACGUUAAGUUAAGAUUGUCGCAUUCUGUGCAAAACAGUGAACGUGGGAAGAAGAUUGGAAAUGUGAUGGUGUCUACCAGCCGAAAUGUUGUGCAAACAGGAAAAGCUGUAGGUCAGUCGGUUGGAGGAGCCUUCACAAGUGCAAAAUCAGCCAUGUCAUCAUGGUUUUCCACUUUUACACAGUCAAGCCAAAGCCUUGGGGACUAAGUGAUGGCUUUGCCCAGUGCUGCUGAAUAUUUCAGGUGCAAUGGUUUCUCUGAGCUGUAAAAGGACUGCUCCAAAAAGUAGGAGUGAAUACUACCUAUCCAGGACCAAAACAAGGCAUAUGUUGCUUUCAAGAUGUGGAAUGUUAUUCAGUUUCACUAGAAGUAUAGAAUGGUGAGUGCCUCCAUACGAUGAGAUGGCAUUUGCUGUAUAUAGGUUGUGUUUAAAAUGACUACUUCAAAUCUGAGCCUUUAUAAAGACAUUAGCAAACAAGGCUUGCUGCAAGCCAAACAUGUUUGACUUUAGAUUUGUACAUUUUCUUGGAUGUUGAAGAUAUUUAUGUAAAGUAGUUAUAUUUUUCGAUCCAAGUAGCCAAACAGUUGUGAAUCUUCUUAGAAAUAAGCAGAGUGUGACUACUGAUUCAUCUUUCAGGUUGGGUUAGAGAGCAUGUCAGCAACAGUGAUAGGGGUGGAAGCCCAACAACAGCUCAAAGGCAGGUAGCACUUUGCUGGUUCCACCUGCAGACUAAAAUCAGCAGGGUGCAGAAUAAGACUGUGGCUGACAUUGAGUGUUUCUCCUUUCUCAUCUAUAGCCAUGCACAGUCUUUUGCAUUAAUCUCUCUAGCUCUCUUUGUGUCUGCAAGUCUGUGUAACAAUUGCAAAAUCACUCUUUUCUUGGUAUUACACAGUAGGCCUUUGUAACAGGGAAUGUUUUGGCAGUGUUUUACCCCAGGACAUGAACAGGAUUCCAGUUGGAGAGAUCUCUUCAUGAGAAGUAUUACAAAACAAUACUCCAAAAUUAGGAUUGAAUCAUAGACAGUUUUCUGAGGUCUUGCUCUGUUAGGAUAUAAUUACACCAUCAAUGUAAUUAUUAUGUAUAUGAAUACUAAGUAUUAAAAUUACCUAAGCUAG